UGUCUAUUCACUCUCGAUUUAAAAAGGUCCAAGUUAUAGUGGACUGGGAAUAGAUUUGCAGGAAGUGAAUUCCACUCCUUAGCCGUUCGCAUGAUAAAGCUGGACGCGUAGCGUUUAGUGCGAAUCAGUGGUAAAGUAACGACGUAAGGGUGAAACGCAAGUCCGCGUCUAGUCCCACGGUGGCAGAACGGAGAUGGGGGGAUUAGAUUAUGUAAUCCCAUCGCACACUCCCCGAAAUGUAUCCUAUAGACUAAGAAAUAAAUAACCUAUAAAGAUUAACGAAAACCAUUAGACAAUAUUUAUGUAAAAACACAUAUUUUAGCAAACUACAGUAAUUUUAAUCAUCAUCAUCAACCAUGGACUGUUACUUUUUAGUUUUUUGUUCUAAAACUGCCAAUAGUCAACGGCAUUACUAAUACAUUAAAUUAAAAUUGAAUAAGUAAAAUAAGCAAUUUUUAUCUUAUAUUUUACUUUAUUCACAUUCAACCAAAUAAAAACUUUAAAUUCUCAUUGAAUGUCGUAAUAACGUUGAACAUAUAGCUGUAGGUAGGAACGUCUUUUUAAUAUGAAGGGAAGAGUUUUUGCGAUUAAUUGAUUAAUUAAUUGCGAACAUGAUUAUGUUCGCUAUAGUUUUUCUUGGAUGUCAUUAUUAGUCUCUAUUUUCACUUUUUAGGGUUCCGUAGCCAAAUGGCAAAAAACGGAACCCUUAUAGAUUCGUCAUAUCCGUCUGUCUGUCCGAUUAUGUCACAGCCACUUUUUUCUAUAUUUUUGGGCCCAUGGUUCAUAAGUUCGAGCGAUUAUUUCCGAAAAUAUUCACUUCAUCAAAAGUGUUUGUUGAAAUACCUAUCCAACGAUACCUACCCCACACGAUAGGAUUGACGUGACAAAUAUUUUUUUUAGACGAGGGAGGUACCUAAAAAAAUAUUGUUUCGUAAUUUCUAUUUUACCAUUUUGUCGCUAUGAUUCAUUAAUGUAUUCAUGUCAAAUGGUAGCUUUUUAGCACGACCACGGCCACGGAAUAAAGCCGCGGACGGACAGACAGACGGAUAUGGUGAAACUAUAAAAGAUCCUAGUUUGCCUACGGAACCCUAAUAAAAAGAAGCUGAAAAAGCAACUAUCACCAUAAAGACUUUUAAAUUAUUUAUUAACCCCUAGCUAUAACGACAGUACUAACAAUUUUUUAUGGAAUUAUGAAGGUUCUGAAAUAAAAAUAUUUUAUUUUAUUUUAUUUAAGGAGCAUAGCAUCAAUGAUAACAUACUGGAUGAUACCGUCAUCAUAACCUAUACCAAUUAAAAUAGCGAUAUUUAACAAUGUAUCUUCCUCCUCGCACUUGUCCCGGAAUUUUCCACGGCUCAUGGGAACCUGGGGUCCGCUUGGCAACUAAUCCCAAGAAUUGGCGUAGGCACUAGUUUUUCUACUAUAAACUCUAUUUAACAUCAUUAGAAAAAUAGUGCUUGCAAAAAGUGGGUAAAGGCGCUAAUGGGCUUAGAAAAUUACUCUUGGGUCGGCAAGUUAAAAUUGCUGGAUGAAUGGAUAAUUGCUAUUGCUAUGAGCAAAAGAUCGGGUUCGGUUGUAUGCAUCCGGGUCUCUGAGGUAUACAGUGUGACAAGGAAAUUUAAUUAUAAGCGGAAAUAUAAGCUAAAGUCUAGAAAUGUCUACUUCCAUCCUAAUUAGGACUUCACCGAUAACACUGAGGUGUUAUCGGUAAGAAGAAACUCCUAAUAACUGUGCAUGAUAUUUUAAAAGGGUUGCCGAAUAGUCCCGACCCACGUCCGCCCCUCGUAUCGAUCCGCACGACCUUGGCAGUGAGCGGGGCCACGGAUAACGGGGGGUUGAAAGAGGGGGAAGGGAGGGACACUCGUAUCACUGGGGGCUUACCUCGAAAGAUGGAACUUGAAAUUUCGCUAUCUGCCUCUCUAUCGCUCUUGCAUAUUCUAGUGAUAGAGAGACAGAUAAAGAAAAUAUGCAUAUCGGUUUUCGCGGUAGAUUCUCAAGCCUAAAAGGGGAAGCUGAGCAAAUACCUGUAUAAUCUUACGAAUCAUAAUUGAAAAUUUAUGUUGGUUGGUAAUUGCGUUGUUUAAAGUUUGUUUUUAUGAAGGUUGGGUUGAGUUAUGUAUUUAAUAUUUGAAAAGCUGUUUAAUAGCUAUUAAUUUUGAUUAGCGGAACUAUUAAUAAUUGCAAUAGAUUAAAAAAUUAGGUGGGUUUUGGUUUAUUAUGCUAGUAGCAAGCAUUUGUUGAAAAACCAACUAUGCAUGCAGGACUCAUGUGUUUAGAUCGAUAUUGUUUUAGAAAGUAUUACAUGCCAAUAGAAUUCCUGGUGCUUAUUUUUUAUAUUAACUCGGUUUCAACAUCUACCAGAAACUUCAACACAUCAAAUGCCACAAAUGUCUUCAGAACCAAAGAAAUUUCCAAAAAUUUUACAAAUAUUAGUGAAGCCUCAAGCUCUGACAAAAUCUUUAGAAUCAACAAGAAACAAGAAAAUGACUUCGAUCUCUCUGAAAUCAUUGCUCAUUUCGAUGAGGCCUUACAAGAAAAAUUACAGCAAAAUUUAGAUAAAGAGGAUAAAGAGUUUUUGCGCUGGUUGGACAUCGACCCUGGCCCUUCUGAUUCCUUGGCUCGUCUCAAGAGAUUCAGAAGGCAGGCCUCAAAUCCCAGGAGUCUGAAGAGAAAGGCAUCGAAAUCCCCUCGACUGCAAGAAAAGAAAAUUGUUAACCAUUUAAACUUUAACAAGAAUCUUCCUUCACAUUCGAUCCCCCAUAAGGAACUAAAACAAGGAAAAAAGUCAGCUCGAGUACCCAGUCCAACGCGAUUGGAAAAAAUAAUUCCAGAGUUGCGUUGGAUGUAUGACUCUAGUUCUUUAGAUCCCUCGUUGAAGAGACCCAAAAGAACGGGUUCUAAACAUGGCUCUUUAAAACGAUUAAAGAGACAAGCAGACUCAGCGGAAUUUAGGGAGCUCCCCCGAUGGCCUGGGAUGCCGACCGAGAUGCCGGGCGCGGGCGCGCUCCGCCAAGCCCACAACACCAGCUUUGUCAAAAGGAAGAUCAUGAGUAUGAUGAUGCAAUCUUUGUACUCUGCGCAGGAACGUCUCUGGCCCCUAGGGCCAAUCGUGGCCAAGUACGAUAGCCUGACCCCCUACCGCAUGGCCUUCAUCUUCUUGAAGCUGGAUCAGCUGGUUCAUGAGGGCCAUUCUAUCUUGAUGUACCUGGAUAGACAGUAUAAAAACAACGACAUGACAAUAACGAAACGCCUGCAGCUGUACGCGCAGCUCGUGCGGAGGAAUGUGGACGUCACUUACCUGGUGGACUACAUAAUGGAGAGAGUGCCUAAAGACCAGGUGGUCAGGAUCCGGCAGUGGCUCAUCCGGCACGAGCAGGAGAAGCUUAUGAAAGACCACGUCAGUUACGGCAAGACCACCACUAAACUAUUGGGAAGACCUUUGGCGUAGCACACAGCUGCGUUAUAUAAAAAUAAAACUUUUUAUUUCUUGCAAACUAAGACUAUACAUUUUCACAUAUAUGGUAAAUAUUUACCUAAAUAAGUAUGGCAUUUUACAAUAAAGUAACCCUCAGUUUUGCA